GAGAUUCGCAAUAAAAGGUAAGAUGGAGAGUUAUUAAGAAUUGAUUCUUUUUUCACAAAAACUUACAGAAUAGUUUAGUUUUUGUUGAGAAGAGGAUGGAAGCAAGAAAACAAGAGAAGAUCAUCCUCAAAACCCCAGCUCUUCUAAAGUACAUCCUUGAAACAAGCUGCUAUCCAAGAGAACAUGAGCAGUUGAAGCAACUAAGGGAAGCCACUGUCGAGAAAUACCAGUUCAGGAGCAUUAUGAAUGUGCCUGUUGAUGAAGGGCUGUUGCUCUCCAUGCUUCUGAAGCUCAUGAAUGCAAAGAAGACACUGGAGCUCGGAGUAUUUACUGGCUAUUCUCUUCUUACUACAGCUCUUGCACUGCCUUUUGAUGGAAAAAUUACAGCAGUCGAUCUGAAUAAAGAAGCCUAUGAGUUCGGAUUGCCGUUCAUUCGGAAGGCUGGGGUGGAGCAUAAGAUUAACUUCUUUCAGUCGGAUGCCUUCUCCGUCCUAAAUGAUCUCAUUACCAAUUUUCAAACAAGCAAGCAGGGGAACGAAGAAGGGAGCUUUGAUUUUGCAUUUGUGGAUGCCAACAAGGACACGUACAUUGAAUAUUAUGAGCUGCUGAUAAAGCUUGUUAAGGUUGGUGGGAUAAUAGCAUUCGAUAACACAUUGUGGUUUGGCUCAGUGGCAGAGCCUGAGGAAAUGGUGGAGGAACAUUUAAGGCCAUCCAGAAAACAUACGAGGGAAUUGAACAGCUUUCUAACCACGGAUUCCCGUAUCGAAUUGGCUCACGUUUCCAUCGGCGAUGGCCUCACCCUCUGCAGGCGCGUCUAUUAGGAAGAAAAACUACUUCAGUGUACUCUGUUGAAGUUCUCUGUAAAAUGGUUAACAUUUGUCUUCAAAUAAUCUCCUCACUUGAUGAGAUGAGCUUUCAUCUCAGGGGAUGAUUGCAGUUUUAUCUUGAC